AUGCCGUACAACACGCAGACCAGGCUAACGCCCUUUAUCCCGACAUACGGAACGCAGCAACUGCCGACUUCUUCGCAACCGGAGAAUCUCCGCGAAAACCCAGGCCCCGCGGCGCAACGGAGCAAAAAUUUCUCCGAAUGCUCCAAAGCUUCGGAGGUCGGCGGCGAGCCGGAAGCAGCUGUUUCACUGAAGAAUCUGCCGCCCUGGUGCAGCGAGGACGACGUGAAAGCGUUGAUAAGCCCGAAGGCUACCGUCACGACGGUGAAAUUCGUCUCCAGCGGAGACAACCAUCGGGUCGCAAAAGUCACGUUAGGGUCGGUUCAAGCCGCUAAGAAGUUAGUCGAAGAGCUGCGUAAUACGAAAUUCCCGGGAACAAAGCAAGUUCUUAGGCCAAGUCUUUGGAUGAAAAGACCCUCCAAGCCAGACAACCGAAGACCUAUACAAGACGUCCAGGAGGAUGGUUACUUUUGGAUCACCGUUUCCGGGCUGGCAUUGGCCGAGACAAGGGACACUGUUCACUCGCAAUUUGGAAUUUAUGCACCGAUUCUCCAAGACUUCAACGGGAAACCCAGAAUCAACGUGCGUAGGGCAGGCACCAAGUUAGAAGCCCAAAUCGCCUACGGCACAUGGGCACAUGCUUACCAGGUCUUCACGAGCUUCAACAAAACACCAAAGACGACAUUUUAUUACGGUGGAAGGGAGCUGCAGUAUACCGUCCGCAUGGGAAAA